UGUAUUAUGCACAACUUCAACCAUGAGCGUAUGGGCAUUGCAAUUGAGGCCAAUCGCUUUGCCCGUGUAUGUUACGAGGAAGCAAUCAAGUAUGCCCACAAACGCCGCACAUUCGGCAAGAAACUUAUUGAACAUCCAGUCAUCCGUAACAAACUUGCACAUAUGGCCAGGAAAAUUGAAGCUACUCAUGCAUAUAUUGAGACAAUGAUUUAUCAAGCAGAGACUCUCAAAGGUACAGAAGCUGCAACGAGAUUGGGUGGGCCAUUUGCAUUGUUGAAGGCUCAGGCUACGCAGACGUUCGAGUAUUGUGCAAGAGAAGCCGCACAGAUUUUUGGAGGCUUGUCUUAUACGCGUGGAGGACAAGGCGAGAAAGUCGAACGUCUUUACAGAGAAGUCCGUGCUUACGCUAUCCCUGGUGGUUCUGAAGAGAUUAUGCUUGAUCUUGGUAUCAGGCAGUCGGUCAAGGUUGCUCAAUUUUAUGGUGCUAAACUAUAG